CGGAAUCGCAUUUUGGAUAAAGCAUCUUCCUUCAAGAUGCUGCAAAUCAUAGAAUAAACUAAAAUGGCGGAUGACAGAGAGGAUAAUUUGUUUGAAAAAGAUAAAGAUAAGGAAAAUUUUUGGAAACAAAUUCUGAAUGAAGUCUCUGCUCAGUCAUUAAGAAGAUUAGCACCUAAUAAACGUGUGCUGGUGUUAGGUGAUGAUGGAUGUGGAAAAACUAGUCUAAUCACGAGAUUACGGACUCCUGGCGAUGACGAAUUAAAAAAAGGAGCUGGACUUGAAUAUACAUACUUGAAUAUUCAUGAUGAAGAAAGAGAUGAGCACACAAGGUUGAGUAUUUGGAUUCAAGAUGGCGACAAACAUUAUAAAGACUUGCUGAAAUAUGUUGUAACAAAAGACACUGUAAAAAAUGUGACAAUAAUAAUAUGUGUUGAUAUGGCCAAGCCAUGGAACAUUAUAGACAGUCUUGAAAACUGGUGUAGAAUUUUAAGGGAACACAUACAUUCCCUUCAGUUAUCAGCUAAAGAAUUAAACGAAAUGGAACGGGGAAUUGUAAAAGAAUUUCAAGACUUUCAAAAAAUAGAUAUAACUGAUGAAGAACCGAAAUCUGCAAGAUCGAACCCUGGUGAGGAAGAGGAAGAACCUGUACUGCCGUUAGGAGAAAAUGUGCUGGUUGAUAAUCUAGGAAUACCGGUUGUUGUAGUUGCUGCCAAGUCGGAUCAUAUGUCUGUUCUGGAGAAAGAAUGGGAAUACAGAGAAGAACAUUUUGACUUUCUUCAAAAACACUUACGAAACUUCUGCUUAAGAUGUGGAGCUGGUUUGUUGUACACAUCAUCGAAAGAGUCAUGCAACACGUCGUUAUUAUAUAAAUAUUUGGUUCAUCGUAUAUACGGUUUUUCACUCACCGUACAACCACAAGUGAUUGAAAAAGAUGCAAUAUUUAUACCAAUGGGUUGGGACAAUGAAAACAAAAUAAAGAUUUUAGACGAACAUAUUAAAACAUUUAAUUCUGCCGACUCUUUUAAAGAUCACAUUAGCAAGCCAAUCUCAAGAAAACCGAUAAGUCAAGAGAAAGAAGCAGUUGUGGUGGAAGAUGAACAACAGUUUUUAGAAGCACAACUCGUAAUACUCAACAAAGCACCGUCUUCAUCGUCAUCUGCGCAACGACCACAGCAGCAAGCGGAGCAUCGAAGUUCUCAGAGAACACAAAUGUUAUCCCCGGGUCAAAGAACAGGUCAACGGCAAGGAAUACCAAGUGCUAAAGGGAAGAUGGACCCAACAAAGACAGCAGCGGCAGCACAAAAUUCAUCCGAGACUGUGUUGGCGAAUUUCUUUAAUAGUCUUUUAAAUAAGAACAGUACGAAAGGUGUGAAAGGAGCACCGGCUAACAGAAGUGACGUCCAGGCUGAACUUGAAAAAAUGUCCAAAAAACCCAAGGAGGAGAAAUAGCUUUUUUCUGCGCACUAGAAAUAUCGCAUCUGUUUUAACAGGUUUAUUCAAUGAUCCAUGACAGCUCGUUAACUGUGAAUAAAAGGAAUUAUCGAGCCCAAAAUAAUCGACUAAAAUUUAUAAUUUAUUUUCUGUUGAGUUCGCUAGUUACAUGUAUAAAAAAUCUUUCAAUUAAUUACUGAGUAUGUCUGUUUUCAAAAUUUUAUUUAAAUUUUGCAAUUCUUAGUGAUAUUCCUGGUGAAGGUUUUUUAAAAUAUUGGAGGCUCCCUUUAACGAUGACUGCCGAUACACUUUUUCUAAAGCAGCGAAGUUUCCAUAUUUGCAUGCAAUAUAUUUACUACUUAAUUCUUCUACUAAGCGUUAGUAAAAACCAGGUGAUAUAUCAAAACUCUUGCAAGUGCAUGUAGGAACCGAUACCCGCAAAAUAAAUAAUCCGCGAAAUUUGUUGAUAAUAUGUAUUUUUUAAAACUGCUUUAUUUCAGUAAUUUUAAACGACCUUGUUACUAGAUUCUAUCGUGUCUGUUAUUACCAUGUCAAAUAUUCUCAUUAUAACUUAGUAAUAAAGAUAGAAGAAUUCUCAUAAUAUACUCCACUGCAAAAUUCGCCGCCUUUGUAGCUAUGUAAUGUGACGGAGUGUGUUGAAUUAAUAAAACUGUCACUCUCUAUCACAUAUGUUUUCUUAUAUCACACAUUGUGUAGUUAGGAAAUAGAAAUAUAAUGUUAUUGUUGUGUUGUGCUCUAGUGCGGUGACUGUUUUGUACCGUGGCCCCCUCCUCGUCCCCAGUUUCUAUUGGUACCAGAGCUGUUAUCACGGACCACUAUCAUGUUCUUCAGAAAAGCAAAAAGCCCUGAGAAGUUGCGGUGGCUCGUGUGCCAAAUUUUAAAGAAAUUAGAAUAUUUGAAGAAAAUGUUUUGAAAAGAAUAAACGUCUUGUAGAAAUACAGACAAUUUUAAUCGUGACAAACAAGGUUCAACAAAACGAAUGUUGUUUGUAUAAAUAGAUAGCCGUUUAUAAUUUAUUUAACGAAACAUGAAUUUUUCUGUUAAAAAAUGUAUUUUGCCAUGUUUCCUGUACUUUUCAGGAAAAAGGGAAAAUUAGUAAAAUUUCAGCCUAACCAUAAGUCUUAUUUUGCUCAUAUUUUUUAACAAACCUAUUUUCAUUGUUCUUACAAAAUUAUUUUUAUAAAAAAAUAAAUUGACAAAUCUCUUGCUGGAUUGUAAGUCAAUAAAUUUUGUACAUGAUUCUUGUUUCACUAACUUUAUGUGCCAGAAGGUUAACCAAAUUUCGGAGCUUAACACCGGUGUUUGGGCUACUACACAACCAAGAGACUUAUUUGAGCAAUCAAGACAAUCUUCAGACUAUUAAAGUUUGUCUAUGCACACAGUCGCUGAUGUACAUAGAAAGCGAAAUCAUCUCUUU